UCUAGGUGUUGGCUGCCAAUUGUAGAGUGCAAAUGAAAAGUUACAGAUUGGUGGCUUCGUUAACAAAAUUUUCAGUUAUUUGUGUAGUUGAAGACGGGAAUUUGUUUUGCGUAUAAAAAGUUAACGCUGCGUAACAAAGUUCAUGAUUUAUCCAUACUAGAGUGCACAAAAUAAACGCCGUAUGCAAGCGUGAUCAUCCAAGGCUCAUUAUCCGACUAAGCUACUGGCCAGCUUAAAAAAAGUAAGCCACCAUCUAACGAGAGCGAAUCGAAUCGACUUGGACGACCGACCGACCGACCGCACAAAGAAGGAUCUAUCUGGAAAGCCGGCUAGACGAGUCCCGCAUCCGAUUCCGUAUACGAAUACGUAUCCGUAACCGAAUCCUCAACCAAAUCAUCCCAUAAGGACGCCGCUGUCUUCAACGAUCACAAGAUGAAUGAACUAGACAGUCUCAGGCAGGAAGCCGAGUCCCUAAAGAACGCCAUUCGGGAUGCCCGGAAGGCGGCCUGCGACACAUCACUGUUGCAAGCGGCCACCUCGCUGGAACCCAUCGGCCGCAUACAGAUGCGCACCCGUCGUACAUUACGCGGCCAUUUGGCGAAAAUCUACGCCAUGCAUUGGGGCAACGAUUCAAGGAAUCUCGUAUCAGCCUCACAGGACGGCAAACUGAUCGUUUGGGACUCGCAUACCACGAACAAAGUCCAUGCCAUUCCACUGCGAUCCUCGUGGGUGAUGACCUGUGCGUACGCCCCAUCCGGUAGCUAUGUGGCCUGCGGUGGCCUCGACAACAUGUGUUCAAUUUACAACCUAAAGACGCGCGAGGGCAACGUCCGGGUGUCCCGUGAGCUGCCCGGCCAUGGUGGCUAUCUAUCGUGCUGCCGCUUCUUGGACGACAAUCAGAUCGUGACCAGCUCCGGUGAUAUGUCGUGCGGAUUGUGGGAUAUCGAGACGGGCCUGCAGGUAACCUCGUUUUUGGGCCACACCGGCGAUGUGAUGGCCCUCUCACUGGCGCCCCAAUGCAAAACGUUCGUAUCCGGCGCCUGCGAUGCGUCCGCCAAGCUAUGGGACAUCCGGGAGGGUGUCUGUAAACAAACCUUCCCCGGCCACGAAUCCGAUAUCAAUGCGGUCACAUUUUUCCCGAAUGGGCAGGCAUUCGCCACCGGUUCGGACGACGCUACCUGUCGAUUGUUCGAUAUCCGUGCCGAUCAGGAGUUGGCCAUGUAUUCGCACGACAACAUCAUAUGCGGCAUCACAUCGGUGGCAUUCUCGAAGAGCGGACGUCUGUUAUUAGCGGGCUACGACGAUUUCAACUGCAAUGUAUGGGACACGAUGAAGGCAGAACGGUCUGGCAUACUCGCUGGCCACGACAACCGUGUAUCCUGUUUGGGCGUCACCGAGAACGGCAUGGCGGUGGCAACAGGAUCGUGGGACUCCUUCUUGCGUGUAUGGAACUAAAAACAAAAAAGAAACGGAAACGCAGCAUAAGCAGAAACAGAAACAAAACAAAACAAAAAACAGAGAAAACCAAACAAACAAAGAACAACAAAAAAAGAGGAAAAAGAAAAAGAACUUCAAAAUGCAUUAAAGGGUGGGGUGGGGUGUCAGGUCAACGGUUGCGCAGUCUGCGGAUAGUGUUUCACCCAUCAUCUACAUUGUGAUCUAAUGUAUAUGAUUCGGUGUUACCGCCUCUGUGGUAAAUAUUAAAUGAGUGCCGGACGUUUUGAAUAUGUGGGCGCAGCUAGUUGACUAGAACGUAGACCACAACAACAAAGAACUUUAUAUACAACAUUAUUUAUAUUGCUAUAUACUUAUUAACUAAAAUUAUACAAAAAAACAAAAUAAAACCAAAAAAAAAAAACAACAAAAAACCGAAAAAAAAACCGCAGACAUACGCAGCAACAUACAAAUAGACAUACACACGCAUACAAGAAUAUUAUUAGUGUAAAUGGAAAAUUGAGAAAAGAAAAAAUGAAAAACCAAGAACAAGCGAUCAAGAAAAAACCAAAACGAUAAAGAAAUUGAUGGAGUAACACGAUCGGCCCGCUGAUAGUCAGAAGAGUCAGAGUCAGUUGUUUAGUCAGAAUUCCGGUUACAGCUACAGUUUAAAGCGUACGUAAAUUAAACUUAGUUCAAAUCGCAUUUCAGCGGUGAGUGCGUGCAGCUGGGAGCACAAGGCUGCCAGCCCCUGGACUCCUGGCAUCCCGAUCCUGGUCCUGAUCCCGCAUCCGAGUCCCAGGAGCCGCAGGAGUGGUGCUGGCCGGCCAGCCAGUCAGUCAGUCAGUGAGUCAGUCGUUUGCACUUUGUAAAAGAAAAAGAAGAUGGUAUCAUUGUAAUCAUGUAUGUCAACAAGUAAAUACAUAUUCUUUUGCGUAUAAUACAUAAAACUUCAGAAUGUGUGGAUGUGGAUGAUCCUGAUGCAAGGUGGGAUGGUGGAGAAGUCAAAUAAAGUUAAAGCAUUUAAAAAAAAAAAUAAAAAAUGAAUCACGGCAACCUAAACGUAAAGCAAAACAAAAAAGAGAAAGAAAAGAAGAUGACGAUGGAGGAAACCAAACAAGAAACAAAAACAAAAAUUGCGUAAUAAACUUUAUAAAUCAAGUAAUGAAAACAAAACAAAACAAAAAAAAGUAAAGAAAACACUAUAACAAAUUUUUGUCUUAUUAUGUUUAAGUCCCUAAUUUAUAUACAAACAAAAAUAAGAAUGAUUUAAAUAACAUAUAUGUAAACUAUGCAUUAGUGAAAAAGUGGAAAACUAUUUAUAUAUAAUAUGAUGGCCAUAUAAGCUAUAACAAUAAAUUGAAAAACACCUUUAAAUCUUAUAAUACAUUUAUAAAUGUUUAACAAAAUCUUAACAAAUACAUUCAUAGAAUUGCGGCAGUAAGGGCAUUAAAGCAUUAAAGCAUCAUGGAAAUAAUUUGAGCAUUCACCUCAACUCACCUCAACUCACCUCACCUCACCUCACUACUCUUACUCUAAUUGCAUACUGUUGAAUUUUUGUUCAUUUUAUUCUUAUCCUAAAUUCCUAUGAGGUUUUACAUAUACAGAGGUGGUCAAAAUUAUUUUCACAAAGUGCAUUUGAGUGAAAUGUGAAAAGUGAAAAUACUUUUGACCACCUCUGUAUGGCUUAUAUGAGGUUUGAAAAUGCAGCAAACGAAACGAAACGAAGCGAAGCAAAACGAUUGUAGUAUGCAAACAAAAAACUAAAGCUUAUAUUGUGAAAAUACUGAUAUUGUCUUGCUAUCUUACGAAUAUACUGAAUCAUCAAGUUCUUAUCUAUUUUUAUUAUGUUCUUUUUAAUUAAUUUUAAGUGGUAAUAGGAAAUUCGCGGAUCCCAUACCGAUACCGAUAUACCAAUACCGAUUCCAGCAUUCUGAAAUCAAAGAUCUGAAGAAAUCUGAUCCUAGCAAUACCAAAAUUCAUUGAAAACUGUAAUAAACUGAUUGGUUUAUUGACCUUCUUGAAGUAUUCUUUAACGUUAUAGUAUCUUGGUCCGAUAGGUAAAUGGUAAAUUGUGAUUUAAAGUGAAUAGUUUUUCAAGCAACGAGAAUUAGCCUAAAUCUAAAUCUAAACCUAAACCGCAAACAAAAACCAAAUCCAAACCGAAUCCAGAAUCCAGAAAACCAGAAACCCAGUCGAAUCAAAAUAUCGAAAUGAAAACAUUUCAAAUGGAAAGAAUUAUUGUGUAUUUCUACCGACUUUCGAUGCUUGAUUGAUUAUAUUGAACCGAAUAUAUUCCUAUGUAUAUGUGUAACUACUAUUGGUAAGCUUACAACAGCUGCAGUUAUUUGGGCUCUGCUUUUUCGCCAUAGAUGGACUUACUUAAUUUUAGUACAUUCUGGACAUUCUGGACGGCCAUUUCAAAACUAAUGCUGUUUCAAAACUAUGAAUAAAUUAUGAAAAGAAACCUUUGUAACAUUUAAAUAAUAAAAUAUAAUACGAAUACGAUAAUCCCAUUGUUUAACUUAAACAAGGAGCAAUUAACGUGUUGAUCAACCGCUCUAUUUUGCGAUUAUUAAAAAUGCGCCAAAGUAAGUCCAUCUAAGGUUAAUAAAACAUAAUGCAUAAUACAAAAUACAUACAUAAUUACGAACGCACUUUACGAAUUGUCAGGAAUUUUGUACUCCAGCAGUUUAAUUAAACUAUUUUUCUAUCACAGCCCAAAACGGAACAAAGUAACGUGUUAUUUCUUUUUUAAUCAUUUUUUUUUCGUUAAGAGUACUUUGUUAUUAGAACGCGCAUCCCUCAAGUAUGUUAAUAUCAGAACCCUUCUCUAUGUAUGUGUGUUUCCGUGUAAAUUUAAUUACGUAUACGUUAUGUUUAUAUAUAUAUGUAUAUGCCACGCGAUCAUAUAUAUGCGCAUAUAUGUAUUGUAAUUUAAUUACUCUUUCAUUUGCCGACGACAAAUCGGCAAAUUCAAUGAAAUGAUUUAUUUGUAAUUAGUUAUUAACAAUAAUUGAGAUGAAAACAAAAGUGGAAACAGAAUAUGCUGUCAAGAAAAAGAAAUUGAAAAUUUAAAUAAAAUAAAACAUGGUCAUGUAAUAAACAUACAUACAAACAUACAUAUUUAAAUGAAAAAACUGAAGAUUACUAACAUUAAUUUAUAAUUUGUGUCAUAGCCGUCAACUCAGCGUUAUAUCUAGAAUAAAUAAUAAAGAAAAUUGUGUUAAGCAAAUGCUA